UGUAAUGUUAUGUUUGCUAAAACGAGAACUACACUGUUCAUCCGCAACGGUGUGUGGCGCUGCGGUGGCAGGUCGCUGUUCACGAACCUGCGCGACGAUCCCCGAAGAACCGUAAACAAAGAGAUCUAGCAGAGCAGGGUCACGGAACCACGGCUAAAAACAUCAACUUGAAAGCAGGACACGUUGUUGGUCGAGCAUGCCCAGUAACACAGCUCAAUUCCUGGAGUCCGACGAUACUGAACCGGAUCUCUCGGUACCGGUACAGAUCUUGAGCCGGAUGAGCCUCCGGGAUGAAGAGAGUCCAUCAGAACUACGUGAUACUUCUCAUCUGGGUGUCCUGGGCGCGGUUUUGGACCUCCAGCCCUUGUCCCAAACUGGAUCAGAGGAGGACAACACCACCAACACUAACAACAACAACAACAUCAUCAUCAGGCAUGAUACUGAUCUGGACCAUCUGAGGGCUGAGCUCACAGCCCUGGAGGCCCCGGGGUCCGAUGGGCUCUUCCUGGAUGGGACGGGCGAGUCCCAGGGUUACCCGGUUCAGGGGAGCGUGAUGGCGAUGAUGAUGAUGAUGCAGGAGGGUGAGAGGUGUGCGCUCAAUACCAGGAGAAAGAGCGUGAACACAACAGAGUGUGUGAUGGUGCCCACAUCUGAGCAUGUGGCGGAGAUAGUUGGUCGGCAGGGUUGCAAAAUCAAAGCUCUGAGAGCAAAGACCAACACUUACAUUAAAACCCCUGUGAGAGGAGAUGAGCCCAUGUUUGUAGUGACCGGCCGGAAGGAGGAUGUCAUCACGGCCAAGCGUGAGAUUCUGUCGGCGGCUGAGCAUUUUUCCCUCAUCCGGGCAUCUCGGAACAAAGUGGCACCGACGAACAGCAUUCCUUGCCAUCCGGGACAGACCAGCAUCCAGGUUCGGGUGCCGUAUCGGAUGGUAGGGCUCGUGGUGGGGCCGAAAGGAGCGACUAUCAAGAGGAUCCAGCAGCAAACCCACACCUACAUCGUCACACCAAGCCGCGACAAAGAACCUGUGUUUGAGGUGACCGGGAUGCCCGAGAACGUAGACCGAGCUCGGGAGGAGAUCGAGGCUCAUAUUGCGAUGCGCACCGUGGGAAGUGUGGACACCACUGUGGACGAUGAUGAUUUCCACUACAACGGCACUGAUGUCGGUUUCGAGUCGGGUGGUAACGGAGCCUGGGUCUUCUCCGGUGGCGUUUCAAACUUCCGCACCAAUGCUGCAGGCUAUCGCAACGACAGCUCCAGCUCGCUCGGAAGCAACUCUAGCGAGUCCCACUACAGCAGGAAAGGCAGCGCAGUGGCGGAUCUCAGUCCUGGCAGCAGCGGAGGCACAUUCUGGUUUGGCGAUUCCCAGUCGCCUUUGGGAAGCGAAGAUCCUGCGGGUUACGACGGGCUAACGAUGACGGCGCCGUUGGCCAAUCAGACAUUGUGGAGUGCUCUCGAGCGGGGAGGAGUGAGUUUGCCCACUACACAGAGGUUCUCUCCAUCGCGUCUGUCUCCGUCUCCUCCGGAGGAUUAUCCUCUGAUUCGGAUGGUGCAGGAGAAUUCCCAGAGCCUCCCGGCCUUCGGCUCCGCGUUUUCACCAUCUAGCGACAGCACAGGCUCCAGCUCUCCGCCGGACGUGCGCACUAUCCCCAAACACAGCCAAGUUCCUGCAUGUGUACACUGCGGAGACAACGUGGCGGCGCUUGUCCUGGGCGGGCAAAACCUUGUUUGUUUGGAGUGUUCCAACUCCAUCCUGCAAAAUGCAUAGAGAGAAGAAAAAAUCGGGAUGGGGUUGGAGAUGGGUUUAUUUUUUACAUUGAAAUACUUCUUCCUUAUUACGUUGAAAUAACUGGGACAUGCAGGUUUUCGAUUAAUAACCACAGUUGAGUUCAUCUCAAAGGUUUGCGUUUAGCCGUCGCGUCGUUCUUUGCGGUGAUCAGCGCUGGGGUUUAGCAGUGCUAAACUGCCAUCACUUUUUGUUGUUUUGUUUUCAAAGUAUCGACUUGUUUGUUUACAUUUCCAUGUGCCUGAUUCCACGACGGUGGUGCUGUGGAUUGGCGAUGUUGCUGCGAAAGCA